GAGACCUUGCGAGCGCGACGUAGCCGGAAGCUGGUGGCGGCUGGUGGGCACCCGGGCGCGUCCCCGUUGCAGUGCGGCGGCCCGACCCCGGCUCUGGCCUGACCCCGGCGGCCCUGUCCGCCUCCUGCCAGCAUCAUGGCCAGCCCAAGAACCAGGAAGGUUCUUAAAGAAAUCAGGGUGCAGGAUGAGAACAACGUUUGUUUUGAGUGUGGCGCAUUCAAUCCUCAGUGGGUCAGUGUGACCUACGGCAUCUGGAUCUGCCUGGAGUGCUCGGGGCGACACCGUGGGCUCGGGGUGCACCUCAGCUUUGUACGCUCCGUUACUAUGGACAAGUGGAAGGACCUUGAGCUUGAGAAGAUGAAAGUGGGCGGGAACGCCAAGUUCCGAGAGUUCCUGGAGUCGCAGGAGGAUUACGAUCCCUGCUGGUCCUUGCAGGAGAAGUACAGCAGCAGAGCCGCGGCCCUCUUCAGGGAUAAGGUGGCCGCUCUGGCCGAAGGCAGAGAGUGGUCUCUGGAGUCGUCACCUGCCCAGAACUGGACCCCGCCUCAGCCCAGGACGCUGCCGUCCGUGGCGCACCGAGCCUCUGGCCAGCCGCAGAAUGUGACCGCCUCCUCAGACAAGGCUUUUGAAGACUGGCUGAAUGAUGACCUAGGCUCCUAUCAAGGGGCCCAAGGGAAUCGCUACGUGGGCUUUGGGAACACACCACCACCUCAGAAGAAAGAAGACGACUUCCUCAACAAUGCCAUGUCUUCCCUGUACUCGGGCUGGAGCAGCUUCACUACUGGAGCCAGCAGGUUUGCCUCAGCAGCCAAGGAGGGCGCUACAAAGUUUGGAUCCCAAGCAAGUCAGAAGUUUUGGGGUCACAAGCAGCAGCCGGAGCCGGCGUCGGAGCUGGGCCACAGCCUGAACGAGAAUGUCCUCAAGCCUGCGCAGGAGAAGGUGAAGGAGGGAAAGAUUUUUGAUGAUGUGUCCAGUGGGGUCUCUCAGUUGGCCUCCAAGGUCCAGGGAGUCAGCAGUAAGGGAUGGCGGGACGUUACCACCUUUUUCUCGGGGAAAGCAGAGGGUCCCUUGGACAGUUCCUCCGAGGGCCACAGUUACCAGAACAGUGGUCCAGACCACUUCCAGAACAGCGCCAUAGACCAGAGCUUCUGGGAGACCUUCGGGAGCACCGAGUCCGCCAAGGCCCGGAAGUCCCCGAGCAGCGACAGCUGGACCUGCGCAGACACCUCCACGGAGAGGAGGAGCUCCGACAGCUGGGAGGUGUGGGGCUCAGCCUCCACCAACCGGAACAGCAACAGCGACGGCGGGGAGGGCGGGGAGGGCGCCAAGAAGGCGGUGCCGCCGGCUGUGCCCACCGACGAUGGCUGGGACAACCAGAACUGGUAGGGUCGCCACAGGCAGCCCUGUCCCCAGUGCCCUGGGUGACUUCAUGUUUGCACUCUGCCCUCGUUCUCUUUCCAUUUGACCCAAGAAUCAGCGACCACAGUGUGAGGACAGCAUCUCGGGAGGCAGGACUCCGGGGAGACCCGGGUUUGUGCCGCUGUCCACCUUGGGAGUCUCGGUGCGUGGGGCAGCUUGCUCUCCAUCCCACACUCCCUGGGCACACUUGGACUCCAGCAGGGGCCCGGCGUGGCUUACUGGGAGGUGGGCUGUGGCACAGACCCUCGCAAGUGCGUUCCGGCGGCCAGUUUGACACAUUAUCUCCAGGGUCAGGGAUCGGCCACGUGUUGUGCUGUCGGAGAUGAGAGGAGCCGCGUCUCCUGGAGAUGUUUAA